UUGAGACAUGGGAGUAACGCUUUGUGAGGUGUGUUGAGAGUCAGUGAUGUCCGUUGUCAGGGUAUACCAUUUGCUGUUCAAGUGAAAAUAGUAUAAAAAUUAACGUGGAAAUGGAAGCGGAAUACCAAGCAAAGUUGAGCCCAACGAAGACAGUGUCAGCUGCACAUAAUGAUAACGAGGAUCCGUAUCCCAGUUUAUCAGAUUACCAUGAUUAUGAACCAAAUUUGGAAUUUGAUGACACUGAAUUGCAGCAUGCAACAGUCACAAGUGAUUUGGAGGAGAAGGUUGAAGCAACAGGACUGGAUUACUUGGAAUCUCCUGUCUCUGAUGGAACAAUAGAAGAAAAUUUUGAAGAGGAACUUGUAAAUGCCCCUGUCAUUUCAACAGGUGUUGAUAGCCUGUCUUACCAUUUUCCUGAAGAUGAUGGAGAAGAGGAUGAUUUCAGUGAUGUUGCAAAUUAUGGAAUUGUUGAAGUUGCUGGGGAUGACACCUAUGGAAGAAAAGUGAUUGUUGUGUCUGCUUGCAAACUACCAUCAAAUAAGGAGAUUAAUCAUGAUCGUCUGUUAAGGUACCUGAUGUAUACGUUGGAUAAAUAUGUUGAGCAAGAUUACAGUCUUGUUUAUUUCCACUAUGGACUGACAAGUAAAAAUAAACCAUCACUGUCAUGGUUAUGGCAAGCGUAUAAGGCCUUUGAUCGGAAAUACAAGAAGAAUGUUAAGGCUCUGUAUCUAGUCCAUCCAACAAAUUUCAUCAGAGUAAUAUGGCAGAUAUUUCGUGCUGCUAUAAGUGUAAAGUUUGGCAGGAAAGUGAUGUAUGUCAAUUACUUACAUGAACUUAGUCAGCAUCUCCAUCUGGAUCAGAUAUGCAUCCCACAGGCUGUUUUAGACCACGAUCAGCGAUUGCUUCAGAAAAACAGCCGAUCAAAUGUACCACAGCAACCACAAGAGCAGCAACAGGCACAACAAGAAAACAGUGGAAAUACCAGUGUGCCCCUUGAAACCCAACAGUUUGGUGUUUCUCUGCAGUUCAUUAAAGAUCACAAUAAUGCUGAUCCUAUACCACCUGUAAUGCGCCAGUGUGUAGAAUUCCUUAGUCAGCCAGAUGCAUUGGAGACUGAAGGAUUAUUCCGUAGAUCAUCAAGAAUCACUCAAGUUAAAGAAGUCCAGAAACGGUUCAACCAAGGCCUUCCAGUAGAUUUUCAGGGUGAUGUUCAUCUUGCGGCUGUUAUACUUAAAACAUUUCUCAGAGAGCUGGAGGAACCAUUGAUGACAUUUGAUCUGUAUGAUGAAAUCACACAGUUUCAGUGUAUAGCUAAGGAAGAAAGGCCACGCUAUGUAAAAAUUCUUAUAUUAGAGAAACUUCCGGAGGAUAAUUACCAAAUACUCAAAUAUCUUGUACAGUUCCUUUCAAAGGUUAUGGACAGAUGUGAUCUGAAUAAAAUGACGUCUUCAAAUUUAGCUGUUGUAUUCGGCCCAAACCUAGUAUGGGCUCAGACAGGACAGUUCUCACUCUCUGCCAUUGGGCCUAUCAAUAUGUUCACUGACUUUGUUCUCACAAACCAUGAACAAAUAUUCAUUAUUUAAUUACAAACUGAAGUAGAGUAUGUGCUCUUCCAUCAGUCUGAGUCAUAUAAUAUUUUUGAAAAAGAGAUUGUCAUCAUCUUAUCAAAGCUCAGGCUGGGUGUGAACUGAUAAUAGCUGGAUCAUAUUUUGUCUUACAUUAAAAGCCCCCAGCAAUAUUUUCUCACAGCUCAGUGAACACUUUUUUCUGUGAGACUAUAAAAGGUCAACUGAAUAUUUUGAGCAAGCACAAAUCAUGCUAUGGUAUUGUAAUGUAAAGAGGCAUUUUAGCAAAAAUGUUUUCUAUGUUUCAUGAAAAAGUGAAAAAUGUACAUGAACAUUUUAACAAAAAAAAGUUUUGUAUAUUUUGGGGUAGUUGAAGGCAACAUGAAAUACCAAAGAAAUGAGGCAGUUUAGCAGCAUAACUUUGUGCUUUGCUAAAUUGAGAUAGGAAGAUUUUAUAUUAAAAAGAACUGAAAGUAGUACAGGCAAAAAGAAUUGUAACUUAAUAUUUGUAAAUAUUGUGAAAGAUAUUAUAUGUUCAUUUAUUUAACAGUAGACCUCUUGUGGUAGCCAGCACUGCAAAGCUAAUUACAUUAUGUACAAACUCGAACAAAAAGUGAGGAGGACAUAUAUGAAGUGGUUGUCAUUUGGCCGACUAUUGUUUGUAACAGUGUGAUUCAAGGCGGAGAAUACUUAACUCUAGUCAUUAGCUGUGUUCAAUGUAUAUGUUGAAUCAGAUAAAUAAUGGUCUCAUGCUUGUUAUUCCAACCUAUGUUCAACGAAUUAUUUCCUUUUUGGGAAUAUAUGUUAAUCUGAAGGAAGCUCCUUUUAACAUUUUGAUUCAAAAGUGUUGUUCUUGAUAAUUUCGUGUCGUAAGUUUUUGUUAGAUUUUCAAAUGCGCAAUUGAAGGUAUACAUUUACUCAUACAUGAAUGCUAUUUCUCAUGGUUUGGCAUGUAAAUUUGGUACAUGCCCCCCGUCUUAUUAUCCAUAUAGUGUUUUGUCAUAUGUAAGUUUUCUAAUUACCUACUUACAAUAAUUCUGCUACUUAAGAGGAUUAAGAUGAAACGUUUAUGAAUUUUGUUUCAUAUGAAGAAUAAUAUCGGUGCCACCACAUAGUGUGGUCUAUGAAUUAAUCAUUUGGGAUAUAACUAAAUUUGAACAUUAUUCACACUCCAGUUAUGUGUGAAUUGUAAUUCCCCUUUGAUACUGGUACAGGCUCAAACUAGCAACUAAAAUUUAACUCUUGUAGCAGGCAUAAUUAUUAACGUAAUUUUUAAAUAUUUGUCUGUUUUAUAUAUGCUAUUGAAUAGUGCAGCACUGAAAUUGUAUUUUUGUAUUGCAUGGUGAGAUAAAAACAAUAAGAAUUUAUCAUCACUGAAAAGU